CUAUUUAUAAUUUGACAAGUCUAUGGUUGAAAUCGAAUGUGUAUUAAAGAUAAUUUUUUUUAAAGGAUUUAAAGAAAAAUGUUUAAUAUGUUUUAAUAAAUACAAUAUAGACAAAAUAGUAAUAGAAAAUUUUAAAAAUGGUUAUAAUUUCAAGAAUUUUAUCUCGUAGAAACUAUGGUGGGCUACAAACAGCAAAAAUAUUAUACAAUGCAACUAGAAAAAAUACCUCGAUGGUUACUUCAAAUUCGACAGGAGAAUCGCGGAAUAAUGAAAUACCAGAACAAAAUAUUGAGCAAUCCAAAAUAAUUCCAGAUAGAUAUCGAUUUAUUUAUCCAGAAUUCCUACCAGAUCCAGAUCCGACAUAUCGUAAUACACUCAGAGAGAAAUUGGAACGCAUGGAUAUGUUAGCGAGGCGAACGCGUAUAGCAAUACCAGAGUUUUAUGUUGGUUCUAUAUUAGCUGUGACUUAUUCCGAGCCACAUGCUCCUGGAAAAGUCAAUAAAUUUGUUGGUAUAUGUAUAGAGAGAAAAGGAACUGGAUUGAGAUCUGCAUGUCUAUUGAGAAAUGUAGUUGAUAAUCAAGGUAUUGAAGUAUGUUUCGAAUUAUAUGAUCCUGCAAUACAGAAAAUAGAUUGUCUUAGACUUGAAAAAAGAUUGGACCCACAUCUAAGAUAUCUGCGAGAUGCACCAACAGAAUACAGUACUUUUCCCUUUGAUAUGGAAUCAGAAUAUUUGCCAGAAGGAGCACCAGUUCCUGUAAAUAACAUCAAAGUACCACUCAAUAGUUUCCCAUGGUUGGAAAAAUGGGAACGUCAAGAAUUGAAAGGUAUAGAAAUAAACUUUAAAAUAAAUACCAAACGUGUUGCAAAAGCCAAAGCUGCUGCAAAACCAUGGGUAAAAUACGACUUAAUGAAAACAUACAGGGAAACCAUUCCUGAAGAGGAACAAAGUGAAAUAUUUAAUGAAGUGUAUACAAAAUUACAUGAAAUGGAAGUUACUAAACGUAGACUAAAACAUAAACAUACUUUUGUACGUCCACGGAAAACUGGAUAAAUUAUUAUUAUAGUAUUUCUUAAAUCUUAUAAGAAAAUAUAAUAAAAUAAAUAUUAUUUUUUGUUCUUGUA